AUGAUUAUCAAUAAUGAUACUUUUGAGAUGUUUACCAUAAUUAAAGAAAUUUACUAAAAUGAAAACCAAAGAGUGUAUAUAUCUAAUAAGAAAGAUCAAUUCAAAAUAAUUGUACUAAAAGUCGAUAUAGGUAAUCAAAAAUAUCUGUAUAAUGAAUACAUAAUACUUGACUAAUUGAAAUAUGUAGAGGGAGUGCCAAAAGUACUGAACUGUGGUUUUGCUGCAAAUGAAAAGUAUAUAUCAUUAUUAUAUGAGGUUUUAUUAUUCUAUAGACUAUUAUGAAAAAUCAGUUUCUGAUAUUUUGAAGAAAAAUGGAACUUUAAGCCUACAAUCAGUAUUAUCAAUUGGAUUAUCUUUACUUCGAAUUUUAAGUGGCAUGCAUAAACACGAAAUUAUUUAUAGCAAUAUAUGUCCAGAAAAUAUUGUUUUUUCAAAAGAAGGAGCAGAUCAUGAUUCUAAACUGCAUUUAAUUGGUUUUGGCUAAGCACAUCUGAAAUAUGACAAACCAAAAAAAAUUUAAAAUAAAAAUUUUUUGCCAUAUCAAUCCUGUAAAUCACAUAAUGACUGUUUAAAUUCUAAGACAGGUGAUUUAGAAAGUUUGGGAUUUCUAAUUAUAAAAUUAAGAAAAGGUAUAGUUUAUAAAUAUUCAAAGGAAUAUUACCAUGGGAAAAUUUGUCUCAAUAAUUGAUGGCAGAGAAGAAAGUAGAAUGCUUGAGAUCAAAUGAAUUCUUUUAAGGAUUACCAUAAGAAUUUAAACUGUACUUUCAAUAAAUCAAAUCAUAUAAUGAUGAACCAAAACAUUAAUAUUUAAUUAAAUUACUCAAUGCUAUUAUGCUAAAGUAUUGCAAGACAACACGACAUUGUAUACAAGAACUAAAUUAAUUAACUCCAAUAAUUGAAGCUUCGUAUGAAACAGAUUCAUCAAUGGAAAGUUUUUAUCUCUCUCGACGUACAAUAAUGCUUUCAAAUGCAAGUAGUGUAAAUGUGUUGACAAAUACAGAAUUAGAUUCAUCUAUCGAAGAAAAGCUAAAGAAAUUAAAAUUGAUAUCUAAAUAAUAUAAACUAAUCAGUAACUUAUGA